AUGAUUACAGCGAUUAUUCGCUGGUCGCUUCGCAACCGAUUCCUGGUGCUGCUGGUUAGCGGCGUGUUGGUUGCCUGGGGCGUUUACUCGGUGCGCGAAACGCCGGUUGAUGCAUUGCCGGAUUUAUCGGAUGUGCAGGUCAUCAUCAAAACACCUUAUCGCGGACAGGCGCCGCAGGUGGUGGAAGACCAGGUGACCUAUCCAUUGAGUACCGCCAUGCUCUCGGUCCCCAGAGCGUUGAGCGUUCGUGGCUAUUCGUUUUUCGGUGACUCCUACAUCCAUGUCAUCUUUGAAGACGGUACCGAUCUUUACUGGGCAAGGUCACGAGUGCUUGAAUAUUUGAGCCAGGUGUCAGGCCAGCUGCCCGCGGCCGCCAGGCCCGUCCUGGGGCCAGACGCUACGGGCGUUGGAUGGAUCUAUGAAUACGCACUGGUUGAUCCCAGUGGUGGACACGAUCUGGCGGAACUGAGAAGUCUGCAGGACUGGUUUUUGAAAUUUGAACUGCAAACCGUGCCCGGAGUGGCCGAAGUAGCCACUAUCGGUGGCAUGGUGCGCCAGUAUCAGGUGGUUGUGGAACCGGACCGACUGCACGCAUUGGGCCUGCCGUUGUCCAGCGUUACAACAGCGAUUCGUGAGAGCAAUCAGGAAGCGGGUGGCUCCGUGAUCGAAAUGGCCGAAGCGGAAUACAUCGUGCGCGCCACUGGCUAUCUCGAAAGUGCUGAGGACCUCAGCACUAUUCCCCUUGGUUUUACCCCCCGGGGAACGCCCAUCCUGUUGAGUGAUGUUGCCCAAAUUCAGAUUGGACCUGAAAUGCGACGUGGAAUCGCUGAACUAAAUGGAGAAGUUAAACAACGCCUUGCAACGUUGCGCGACGGCCUGCCUGAAGGCGUGAAAAUUGUAGAAACCUAUGAUCGGUCCACGCUCAUCAACAGCGCCGUGGACAAUCUCAAGAGAACGCUCAUAGAAGAGUUUCUGAUUGUUGGACUGAUCUGCGCCGUUUUUCUGUUUCACCUGCGAUCCGCUGCGGUCAUUCUCAUUAGCCUGCCCAUUGGAAUAUUGAUCGCAUUCAUUGUGAUGAACCUGCAGGGAGUGAAUGCCAACAUCAUGUCGCUGGGAGGAAUUGCAAUUGCCAUCGGCGCCAUGGUGGACGCCGCCAUUGUGAUGAUCGAUAACGUGCACAAACAUCUCGAGCGUGAACCGCUGGGCGCUGAAAAUCGAUGGCGGAUAAUUGGAGAGGCUGCCAGUGAAGUUGGACCGGCGCUGUUCUAUUCGCUGCUGAUUAUCACCUUGAGCUUUCUGCCCAUUUUCACCCUACAGGCACAGGAGGGCCGGCUGUUCGCGCCAUUGGCAUUCACCAAAACUUAUGCAAUGGCGGCCGCCGCCAUUGUUGCCAUCACUCUGGUGCCGGUGUUAAUGGGGUAUUGCAUUCGUGGCCGUGUGGUGCCUGAGGCGAAAAAUCCCAUUAAUCGGGGGCUGGUGGGGUUGUAUCGGCCGGUGAUUGCUGGCGCCCUGCAUUAUCCCAAAGCAACAUUGGCAGGCGCUGCCAUCAUCGCGCUGGUUGGCCUGUGGCCCGCAACGCAGCUUGGAUCAGAGUUCAUGCCGGAACUGGACGAAGGCGAUUUGAUGUAUAUGCCUACUACCUAUUCCGGCGUUUCCAUCGAUAAGGCCCGGGAAAUCCUUCAGCAAACUGACAAGCUCAUCCAAACGCUGCCAGAAGUAAAAACGGUAUUCGGCAAAAUAGGGCGUGCAGAAACGGCUACCGACCCUGCGCCGUUGACCAUGAUUGAAACAACUAUCCAGCUUAAGCCGAAGGAGCAGUGGCGCCCCGAUAUGACCUCAGAAAAAAUUCGGGCAGAGCUAGAUCGUCUUGUUCGGUAUCCCGGUUUAACCAACGCCUGGGUGAUGCCCAUCAAGACGCGUAUCGACAUGUUAGCCACCGGCAUAAAGACCCCCGUUGGCGUUAAGGUAGCCGGCCCAGACCUGGCGGUGAUUCAGGAAAUUGGACAGGAACUGGAAAAGCUUCUGAAGCAGGUUUCUGGCACGGCCUCUACUUACUCAGAACGGGUCGCUGGUGGGCGCUACGUCGAUGUGGAUAUUGAUCGGGCAAGGGCGGCGCGUUAUGGAUUAAACAUCGACGAUGUGCAGGACGUUGUGCGCUCCGCCGUCGGCGGCAUGAAUAUCACCCAAACUGUUGAGGGACGUGAGCGGUAUCCGGUAAACGUGCGUUACCCGCAACGAAUACGAGACUCUCUGGAGCAACUGAAACUGUUGCCCAUUAUUACGCAGCGCGGUGCACACAUCGCUUUGGCUGACGUGGCUGACAUUCGGGUGACCGAUGGACCACCGGUGAUCAAAACGGAAAACGCUCAAUUAAACGGUUGGACGUACGUGGACAUCACGGAUCGCGAUCUGGGCUCUUUUGUCGCGGAGGCGCAGCAGACCGUAGCGGCAAACAUCAACUUACCGGCAGGCUAUUCCAUUUCCUGGUCUGGCCAAUAUGAGUAUUUGGUACGCGCAAAAGACCGGCUGACAUUAAUUGCGCCACUGACCAUCGCCAUCAUCAUCUUUUUGCUGUACCUAAAUUUUCGCCGUUUUGCUGAAGUGGCGAUCAUUAUGGGUACGUUGCCCCUGGCAUUAGUCGGCGGCUUUUGGCUGAUGUACGUGUUGGAUUUCGACCUGUCGGUGGCGGUGGGUGUGGGUUUUAUCGCACUGGGUGGCGUGGCUGUAGAAAUUGGUGUGGUAAUGCUGGUCUAUCUGGAACAAGCCAUGCAAACUCAGCGAGAUCUGACGGCAAAGCAAGGGCGCUCAAUGACCGGAACCGACAUCCGCAAUGCCGUGAUCGCCGGAUCUGUGCUGCGGGUACGCCCAAUUGUGAUGACGGGAGCAGCAACCAUCGCAGGUCUCUUGCCCAUCAUGUUUACCACUGGCACCGGGUCUGAGGUUAUGCGCCGAAUCGCCGCGCCCAUGGUCGGCGGCAUG